AACCUGCCAGGUCCAUGCCCUCCACUCGCGUGUGACAGUGCUUGGAACAUGGAUCAUCAUCAAGAGCAGCUGGCGGUGAGACAUUAGUGAUGGGGGGGAGAAAUCCAUGCGGUUACAUACCGAGAUAUUAUUUUUGACGAUAUGUUGUAUCGUUUUGACAAUAUCGCAAUAUUUUUUUUGCACUGGUUGGCUGUAUCUGCAACACAACUCCAGUAUUUUUUCUUCAUAACUUGUUCUCCAUCUUCUUUUUAAAUCCGGAGCCUAUUUGUUUUCAGCACUUACUUCCAUGACUGAUUACAACUUGUGCUCUCAAUGGCUGUCCCUUUGCAGCAGACAUAUGGACACUUUGGCGGUGGUGUCCAGUCCCACUUCAUGUUCCUGCGCUUCCUGGUGGUGCUCAACUUCCUGUUGUUUUUGCUGAUUGCUGAGUUCGUCCUCAUCUCCAGUAUCGUGUUCAGAUCCACCAGUAACAUGUCAGUGGACAGCACUGGGUUUCAUGGAGUACUCCUACAUGUUCUAUGGUUACUAUAACAACACCGUGGCAGAGAGCAGUGGCUUCCACUACAACCUGCCCCUGGCCUACCUCCUCACCUCCGUCUUCUACUUCGCCUUCUGUCUCAUCUGCAUCAUCGCACGCAUGGGGAGUGCACUUCGCAUUGCUGUGGCAACAGGCAGAGGUGCUGCCGGCAGUUACAGCAAGAUGGUGUUCACUGGCUGGGACUACGGUUGCCAGGGAGACCGGGCCACCAAACUCAAACAGAAAAGCAUCCACUACCAGCUACAGGUGGACCUGGAGGAGGAGAGGCUACAGAAAAAGGCUUUGUCUCUAACCUUAUGUCAGACAGUGGGUCUGUGUUCUCUACGCAUUAAACUCAUACUCGUCUCCCUCGGCCCUCAUAGGAGGAGCUUUCUUUGCCAUCUUCAAGGCUACUGUCUUUAGCCAGUGUGGUGCGGUGUUACGUAGCAGCUCUAGCCGCAGUCUAUGGGAAGAGUGUUGAUCUGCUAAAGGCCCAGCUUAAACUGGAGGGACGUGAUAAGCAGUUCCUGGUCAAGCAGAUUGAAGAGCUGAGUAGAGAGAUGGGGGUUCCAACAAGGGACCAAUUGGACACAUUUGACACUGGUGCAGCAAACUGACUCAGACACCAGGCUCAAACCCACGGCCCAUAUCCCGGCCCAAGGCACUUCUUGCAGAUUUGAAAGGCUUAGAUGUGCUUUGUGCUAUUGCCACAUGCAAAACCUAUAUCUACACCUUCACAAAUCAAUUUACAAUUGUCACUCUCUAGUGUACGAUAGCUACAUUUGAGGCAAAGUUGUACUUAUUAUGAUUGAGUGGUGGUUGUCUCACCUAGCUACGGUAUCUUAAGAUGAAUGCACCAACUGUAAAUCCAUCUGGAUAAGAGCUUCUGCUAAAUGACUAAUCUAAAUAAUCUAAUUUAGUUUGUUACCCUAUUUCUCUCUCAUAAUACCUGUAACGUCAAUUGCCAUGUUCAUUGCCUUUGCAUUCUCUUCCUCACCUCUUGCCUAAACAUCAGACUGUGACCGUGUUUACACAAUGGUUAUUCCGUGUGAAAGUCGCCCUAAAAAAGAGGCAAGAGUCUCUACAAGCCAGAAUGUUGAAUACAAUUAUAUUUACACUUAUCGGUUGUCCGUCCUUUUAACGGUAGGAAGUGGAGAUAAAAUAUCCACAGGAAAGUAUUGUUUACCCGACUUUUUGCUGCAACGGUAGGUCCUGUCGCUUGCAUUUUCAAUCUCCAGAGGCAUUGUUGCACAUUAUGUAAACAGUAGCCGAACAUUGUCGACCGAAGCACGUUCCCUCGCAGUCAGCUGGGUGUGAUUUGUGGAACGUUCCAACAGGAAUCUGUUCCAAAAAGUUCGUAAAUAACAAGGUUGCCAACAAACAACGGAUACAAAAUUGUAUAGCGGCAGAAUAAGAUACCGGGUAGGGAGUGGGCUAUUUCAUUCAGUUUCUCACUCACCACGUUUAUUCCGAAAAAUGAUUUCUGUCGUGUGCAACGUGCGCCCCCUGCUGACCCGUGAGAGAACUUCUACAUAAUCGAUUUAGUUACGUAGACGUUACGACGUACUAAUAUUUUCGGGUGUAUGUUUCCGGUUGUGGUUGAAUAGCUCUUUUGUUGCUUGUUUACCUUUCAGAUGUGUUAAAUAUAUUUUCUUUGGUUUUAUGCAAAUAUUUUAUUCAUUUGGUAACAGCUGUACAAAACCCAGUGUCAGAAUUACAUCUCUGCGAUUGAAAUAGCUGUUAAAAUGUUGUUGUUUUUACAGGAAAUAGGUUAAGGCUAACUAACGUUAGCUAGCUAGCGAACUGGAGUUACAGUAGGGACUGACUGAAUUGCAAAUAACAGAAGUCAGGGCAUGUUACGUUUUUGACACAUUUUUGUUUAACUGUACAAGCCCUGGUCAAAACAAACACUCGACUUCAGGAGAAAAAUGAAUAUUCUACCUAAAAAGAGCUGGCAUGUUCGUAACAAGGACAACGUCGCGCGCGUGCGCCGGGACGAGGCACAAGCCGCAGAAGAGGAGCGAGAGGUCCAACGCCGUGUGGAGCGAGCAGAGCAGGAGGCGCGAACAGAGCACCUGAGACAGAAGUCACGAGCUGCACUUCAACAGUCUGGAGGAUGGAAGGAUGAAGGAGAGAGAGGAGGGGAGGGGAGUGCAGGAGUGGUGGAACACCUCAAUCUAUUUCCUCUGGAGGAGUCAUCUGAGAAGAAAGGAAAUGCAGAGUACCUCAAAGACCAGAAAGAUGAAAAGGAGCGCGAGGAGCGUGCUAUUGGUCUGCUAGUGUCCCUAGGCCCCCAACCUGGGACAGAGGUAACUCCAUGGUACAUGAAAACAGGCCAGGAAGAAGAGAAAGAUGAAGAAAAGAAGAAAGAGAAAGACAACAAAGGAAAGAGACUGCCACUCAGUCAAGAGGAGAAGGAGAAGAGAGACAGACGACUGAAAGACAUGCUGGACCCCUUGAAAGAGAUGAAGAAAGCACUGGCGGUGAAGGAUAGAAAAGAACAUAAGAGUAAGAAGAGGGAUAGAGGGGAGAGGAGAAGCAGUGGUGGAGAAAGCUCUAUUGAAAGGUUGCGAGCGGAGCGACUGCAAAGAGAGGCGGAGGAGAAGAGGAGAGCCCAGGCUCUGCUGGACCAGAAGAAUGGAACAGGGAAAGAGAAGGAGCAACCAAGGGAGACAGAGGAGAGGGAAAUGCCGUACAACAGUGCUUAUUUCCCAGAGCUGGCCCGCAAGAGGCAGAGGAAAGACCGCAAUGCCUGGAGAGAUGGCAUCUUUUGAAGUCACACAUCAUGCAGUCUCAUUGUUUGGGCAACAGACAGAGAACAUUGAGGCAUUCAAGAUACAUUUAUUAGUAUGUGAAAGACGCCGAAGACUUCGACAAGGACUAGAGAGCCUGGAAGGUUAUUCAGUUGUAUCCUAAGUAUACUUAUUAAUGUUUGUUGUCAUUGAAUGAACAAUGCUAUUUCUAAUGAGGUAGAAAAAGAAAGGAAACCAAUCAAGAGAUUUGGGAUAGCUGAGUGUAGUGUUGGAGUCUGUCUGGCACCCUGCUCAAGUGUGAGACAAUACAGAGAUCAUUUUGCUCCACAGCACAAGACCACUGUUCAAGUUGGAGUGUGUUUGAUGUUUUACUAUUGAUGGCAAUAUUGUGUCACAAUUGUAAUUGUGUCAAUUCAAGUCUGUCAAGUCUUUUUUUGUUUCUGAUAAUAGCAUGUGCCAAUUUAGGAGGUGUGUGUACAUGCAUCUGUUCUAUUUAACUAUCUGAUGUAGACAGUGUUUAGGGUGGUUGGCCCAACUAUUAUUGCACAUUUUCCAUUUCAAUUAAUUCAAUAAAAAUGUUAGGCCUGCCAAAUAA